GCGGCGUGGUGAUUGCUCCGAUUUGUCAAGACUCUAGAUCUAGAUGAUCUAAUAUAGAUCUAUAUUUAUAUCCACUGUACUGUUCUACAAUAGUCAUUUAAAAGGAACCAGAAAUGGAUGAACAGGCUGCAAGGUCAAGUGGGCAAGUUAAGAGACCCCAUGCUGAAACUGGUACCAAGCAGUCCAGUGCCAAAUGUCCUCGAAUCGAGUGUCAGGCCCCAGGAUGUCAGCUAGUCAACAAAGAGCUCAACAUUUUGAAAAAAAUGACAGCUGAAAGCUAUUUAAGUCAAGUUAACAGACUAACAAAUCUUGAAAAUGAAAUUCAAGUUGUACAAGAUGAAAAAAAUAAAAUGAAAAAGGAGUUAGACCAGCUAAUUGCUAAUAAAAAAAGGAAAAGAAACAAGUUGGAAAGAGCUAUUUUAGAAUAUGUCUGUCCAAAAUGCAAACGUCACUAUGAGCCACCAGUAAGGGCACCCAUGCUGUUGAUAUGUGGACAUCAACUUUGUCUCGCCUGUAUUCCAUUGCAGUACCAUAUUGCCCUUGGCAUCCUGUGUCCAGUUUGUUUACAUUAUGUUCCUGAAAAUACGGAAAAAUAUAAUUUACCAUUGAUACAAUAUCUAAGGAUGUUGUAUGGAGCUUUAGAAAUGGAUUAAUAAUUCUUAAUCUAUGAAGAUCAUGGUAAAUUUUUUAAAUGGCUAUACUGAGAGAGUCUACUUAGUUGUAAAAAAAAACAUAGACUAUAUUCUAAGAUUUUGAGUAAGUUUUUGUUAUUUUCAAAUUUGAUUCUUCUGUGUUACGAGUUUUUUUUUAUGAUAUUUGAACCCAUUUGUAUAUUAUUGCUACCACAGUCUAAUCUCAAAUUUUAUCAUUAGUAAAUAUAAAAUGAAAUAGUGUACUACCAGGUGGGCGUGGUGAUAGAUGCAAUUAGGCAGAUCCCUUACCACUACAGCCCUACAUAACCAACACCCUGUAUGGCAGUGCUGAAGAGAACAGCACACUUUUUUUUCCUUGGCACAGUGUGCAAAAGAGCUCACAGCUCAGCAGUGAAAAGCUGGCUAGAAGAAGACGAUUCCUUCAAAAGGAUAGACCAAGUUUUCCUUUCGUUUUUUAGUGAAGAAUUUUUUUUUAUUUUUUUUUUACAAAGCAGUCGCUAAUAUAUGUAUUAUAUGCUAUAAAUUAAAUUCUUGUAUGGAGUUGCCCCACCCUUAUUCUUUAAUGCCAAAUGCAAUCAUUAGCCAUAAUUAUUAAAGGAGAGAGGAUUCUUGCAUAAUUAAUUGUUUUCAUUCUACAUGACAUUUUAAAACAGAAGAGUCAAAUAUGGCAAUAGUCUAUGUCAUAAGGCAUGAAUUUUUCUUACUUAUUUAAAGAAAGACUGUUUUGGAAAAUUUAAAAUUCAUAAAAAAUUUUAUAGUAACCAUUAAGUUCUGAACCCAAAUAGUUUGUCCUAGCCACCUUUUCUCAAUCUGAGAUUUUUCUAUUGUAUAAAUAAUAGUAUCUCUGUGUGACUGGUGAUGAUCUUUGUGAACAGGUGUGUAAUAAUUUUUAAUAAUUCAGUUUAAUAGGACAGUU